AUGAGGGACAAGGAUUACUGCCCUCAAAGUUCUGAAGAGCAGACAAAUGAAGAGAAAAGUCAGACCUCGUCGACAGCAGACAAGGAAGGACAAGAGCCUGCAGCCCCGCUGAACUUCCUCUCUAAAAUUGGACUGGAGAAAUUUUAUCCCAACAAGCUCACUCUUCGGUCUCUCUUGGAGAUCAACAAAAGCAGCAUAUAUGAAGAAGCUGUUGAAUCAGUGGAGAUAAUACCAUGGUGUUUUCUAAGAAAACUAUUUGAAGUCAAUGCUGAAUGCAGGAGCUGUGCACAAUUAUCAAUCAGUCAUGAGGAAAACGAUGAUCUCCUUGACCUAGACCUUUAUGCUGCAGAUGACUCUGCAGGGGAUAAUAAGGUUAACCCUCUCGACAUCGUAGUAGCUCUCUUCCUUUGUGCUGACAGCUUCUUACAACAGGAAAUGGCCCUCAAGAUGUCGAUGUGCCAGUUUUCUCUCCCACUGCUGUUGCCCCAUGGCAAUAAGAGUCAGUGUACCCUGCUGCUGUGGGCCCUGAGAGACAUUGUCAAAGAGUGGUGUCCGCAUGGUUUGUCCGAAUCAAGAGGGUUUGUUGAAGACAACAUUGUCCAAGCAAAUAUACCGUUCUAUUCCUUUGUCAGGCUGAAAAACUGUAGUUUAUCAAAGUCCCAGCUUUUGAAUCAUGUGCUGAGCAGUGGGCAACAGAAUCGCAAUAUCUUCAUACACAGAGAUGUGGAAGGAGGAGCAGUUAAAAGAGAAAUUGCAAAUGGACUAGUGGAGGUUUGCUGGUUCCUUCCCUGUGGUACUGAAAAUCUGGACAUAUUUCCAGAGCCAGUUGCCUUCGCGAAUUUGCGAGGAGACAUUUGUGCGUCACUCACUCAAUUCAACUUUCUUUUUCAAGUAUCAACUGCUACCUUUGUAUUCCUGGACAAAGUUGAAGAAAAUGAGCACAGAAUUCUGGCUUCUCUACAAGAUGUGAAAUCCAAACUCUGUGUUGUUGUUAAUAAGGGGAAUACUAGAGAGGAUAUGAUGUCUGUGAAGACAUUGUUGGAUGAAUUAGAUUUACCAAACAGCAAUGUGAAAACCAAAGACUCAAGGUUAAAUGUUGCAGAAUUUUCUAAGAAAAUUUGUGCAGCCAUCAGGACAUUGCUAACAGUUGAAACAACCACAAUGAACAUCGAAACUAUGGUUGACAAGGCUGUUGAACAGGGUUUGUCUGUGGAUGAGUGGAUAGAAAAUGACCAAAAAGAAGCAGUUGAGGAGUUUGUGAAAAAAAUUGGUGAGCAGACCAUACAAGACUACAAGUUGCUGCAACUUCCACUGCAAGGAGAGAACUGGAAAAGGUUAUCACAUUUGGAAAUGGAAGAAUUUAGGUUGAAAAAAGCUGGCGGCCUAGGACUAGAAGAAAAAACAAGUCAGCUACGGGAAGAGCAACAAAAAAUUAGGAAUGAGCAAAGUGAACGCAAACCAUCCACAGCUAUGACGGGUUAUAUCGAGCACUUGUCCAAAUAUGACAAAGAGAAAAGGGAUGUUUUUCUUAAGUGGAUGAAACUCAAGCUUAAUGCUCACUCAAGAACAAAAGUGUCUGAGCUGCGUAACAAAUUCAAAGAGCAAUGCAAGAAGAAAGACGUGAAACUCAUAGCAGAGUUGGAUCAAGCACUGCUGGAUAGCUCUUUAGGAAUAGAGCAUUACAUGAGAGAGAUGGGACUGAUCUAUGAGUUCUCCAUUAUCAGCUCAACAAAAGCUGCUAAUGACAUGUCUCAUCUCCCUGGUUUGGCUGCUGAACUGCUGUUGGAUGGAUAUCCUUUAGAGCUCUUGGAUGGAGAUGCUUCCAACAUCCCAGAGAGGUGGGUUACAGAUGUGCUGAUGGAGCUUCACAAGAAGGUUGGAGGGAACAGCAGAUUGUUGGUACUGACUGUCUUGGGUGUUCAAAGCACCGGGAAGUCAACGCUCCUCAACACCAUGUUUGGUGUGCAGUUCCCUGUCAGCAGCGGCAGAUGCACGAGAGGAGCUUUCAUGCUCUUCCUCAAAGUUAGUGAGGAUAUGCAAAGUGACUUUAACUUUGACUUUAUAGUUCUCAUUGACACAGAGGGUCUAAAGUCUCCUGAUUUGGCACAACUAGAGGACAGUUACGAGCACGACAAUCAGCUUGCCACCCUUGUCAUUGGCUUAAGCGAUGUCACCAUUAUCAACAUCGCAAUGGAGAACUCAACAGAAAUGAAAGAUGUCCUGCAAAUUGCUAUUUACACAUUAUUGAGAAUGAAGAAAACUGAUAAAAAGCCAGUUUGUCAUUUUGUACAUCAAAAUGUUGCUGGAGUUUCGGCUCAUACAAAGAUCAUGACCGAAAAAAAACAUCUCUUGGACCAACUCAAUGAAAUGACUCAAAUUGCAGCCCAAAUGGAAAGGCAGCCUUCUAUUAAAGCAUUCACAGAUGUGCUGGACUAUGACAUGGAUAAAAACAACUGGAACAUCCCAGGACUCUGGCAUGGGACCCCACCAAUGGCACCGGUGAACACAGGUUACAGUGAAGCAGUAGCAGAUUUCAAGAAAAAUCUUUUGGACACAGUAAGAAGUGACAGACGCAAUGAAGUCUCACAGAUCCCAGAGUUUCUGGAAUGGAUGAGAAGUCUCUGGAGAGCAGUGAAAUACGAGAACUUCAUCUUUAGUUUCAGAAAUACUCUUGUGGCUCAUGCCUUCAACAACCUGUGCAAAGAGUUCACGCAGUGGGAAUGGGAGUUCAGAAGAGAGAUUCUCUCUUGGCAGACAGAAGCAGUGUUAGAAAUUUUGCAUAUGCACUCUGAGUCCGACAUACACACUUGGGAAAGACUGGUUGCGUCAAAAAAAUUAGAGGCUUCGGAAAAAAUUGAAGAACAAGAGAGAAAAAUGAAGGAAAAACUUGAUGACUACUACAGAAGGAAAGACAGACAAAUAAAUCUGAUCGAGACCUACAUCAAAGAUGUUUUUCAAAGUAUCAACAAUCUUGCAGAUGAAAUCAAAUAUUUUCUGAACAAUGAACUGGAUUUUCCCCUUGAGUUUAGAAAACAAGUUCAAGAAAUUCAGACUAAAUGCCAAAGUGACAUCGAACUUUGGGUGACGAAUCUCCUGAGAGACUGUAAUCACUGCACGUUGUCUGAUGAACAACUGACAAAGACAUUUGAAAAGAUGUGGACUGGAGUUAUCGAUCAGGAUACGCAUGACAGUGGAAGCCUACAAAUAAUAGGUAAGGUUUCUUUUGAGGUCAAAAGUGAACAUCAAUUUGACAGCAAAAAUGACAAAAAAACAGACUUGCAGAGGUUAGCAGAGAGUAUCAUUGAGUCUUGUACACAGUUUGUGCUUGAUAAAGCAAAGACAAAUACAGAUUACAAUGAUGGAUUUACAAUAGAACUCCUGGAAAAAAUAGACAGUUCGCUUCAAGGAAGUUUGGAGCAGUGGCAAAGCGAGUUUGAGAUUGACCUGAAACUUCACAUAUGUGGCAUUGCCUCAAGGGAAUUUCUUAAAAUGCAGGAAAACACAUCAGUAAAUAUGGAUCCCAAACGUCAUCUGGAGAAAAAGAAGACUCAGUACUUGUCAGACUUUCUUGAUCUGUACAAAAAGAGAGAUCACUGCCAACGCAAAGCAAGUGAUUUUGUCCAGCUUUGUAUCAAACCUGCGGUGAAACAGUACAUCUGUAGAUCUUUGGGAGUAGACAUUGUGGAUGAAAUUUUGACAAGCUGCCAUUCAGCAGAGUAUAGUUCUCGCUUAUUCUUCCAGUACAACAUUCAGAAAGAGUUGCUGCAAGAGGAAAACUUUAAAAGUUUUGUCAAGUACAUUCGCAACUAUGAAAUAUAUGUUAAGGAUUGGAUAUUUCAGCGCAUUCUGCAGAAGAUUUCAGAGGACAAGACUCUGUGCAAAAUAAAGAAUAGGAAUCUGCAGGUCAUAAUUCACAAAAUCAUGGAGGCAAUAAAAGAGGCCACAAAAGAGAAGGAUGGCGCUCUGCUGCCAGAUAACAAGGAAAGCAUCACAGAGCUCAUUAGCAACAUGCGCAGGCAUUUGAUUAAAGACAUCUCAAUCUCAGUGGAGGCUGAAAAAAGCACCUUGUUUCAAAUCCAAAGCACAUGUCACCCGUUCAUCAACAGCCUCAAGAUCUCAAUAAAAGGCCUAAAAGAACAACUUGAGGAGGAAUUCUCAAACUCUGAAGACAUCACGGAGACUCUGAACAAGCUUCCAAUAAAACCACAGGAUGAGCUUUUCAAGAGGGUGUUUGGCUGUGGAAAGCAAUGUCCAUUUUGUAAAGUUCCUUGUGAGGCCGGAGGCAAAGAACACAAGCAACAUCAUGCAGCUAUUCAUCGGCCACAAGGUCUUGCUAAUUUCAUUCAUGAUGACAACUGCAAGCUGGUUGAAACACUGUGUACCACUGAUGUGCACAGUGAUCAUGCAUUCAGAAACAAAGUUACUAAAAGGGAGUGGCAUCCUUACAAGGACUACACCACGUACUAUCCAGACUGGAACAUUCCUCCGGAUCCGACCAUAGAAGCAUCUGACUACUGGAAGUACAUCCUGGUACAGUACAAUGAUAGAUUUGCUCGAGAAUACGAAGCCAAGCCAGCUGAUGUUCCAGAGGCCUGGGGGAGAAUCACAAAGGAGCAAGCACUGAAAGGUUUAAAAGAUGCCUUCAACAUAAAGUGA